UGCUGUACGCGCACUUGACUCAGUUAUCGAAGGCACGUCGAUUUCGAACGUACGAUAACGAAGCCCAAAGCUAUAAAGUAAACAUACAACGUAGCGCUAUCUAUCAUUUAGCAUUUGUCAGUUUUCGCGUACGGUGACGGUUCUUUGUGACGGUUUGGUAGUACAUUUAGUGUGCGUGUGUUUAAAAUAAAGUGCAGUGUUUUAGAAGAAACCUCGUUUGAAGAAGGUUGAUUGUUUGUGGCUGUAGCUCGUUACACUAAUGGCUACGAUUCCGCAAUAUUCUCCCACCCUUCCCUUCCUGGGGCUAAUACCGGGCGGAUUAAGUCCGGGACGCAUGCUGCGUAUCAAGGGCAUCAUUACCAACCAUGGAGAACGCUGCCAGAUCUACAUUCAAUCGGGUGCGGCAGUGAAUCCGCGCGACGAUGUCGCGCUGCACAUUAGCAUUCGACCGCACGAGCACGCGAUCGUGCGCAACUCGAUCCAGAACCAGGUGGUCGGGCCGGAGGAACGCUACGGUGGCUGCCCGAUCCGGUACGGCGAAAGCUUCGAUCUGCUCAUACUGGCCGAAGCGACGCAGUACAAAAUUGCCAUCAACGGUGCACACUUCUGCACGUUCGGGCACCGGUUGCCGUUGCAUCGGGCGCAGUACAUUUCGAUCGCCGCCGGCGGCACGAUCUAUUCGAUCCUGUCCGAGGCGGACGUGCCGGGUUCGGUGCCAGUGAAUCCAUAUCCACCAAUCGUGCAUCUCCCUCCAGCGGCACCGUAUGCACCACCGGCGAUAGGCUUUGUACCGCAUGCGCCACCAUCGAACUUACCGCCACCGCCCCCCUACACACCGCUGCCAUCGCACCCGAUCGGUGGCGGUAGUGGCCACUAUCCAGGAGUAGGUGGCUAUCCACUACCACCACCACCACCACCACCACCGCCGUCGACGAUGCCCGGCUAUCCGCACUAUCCUACGCAGCCCCCUGGAGCACCGCUGCCGGCGGCCGUGCCAUUUUCGCCCUCCCCAUCCCAUGAUGCUUCACGCGAAGACAAUCGCGUUAAGAUGAAAAACCUCCCGUUCAAACAAACGAUCACUAGUGGCAUACGGCAAACGCAAGAUUUUCUUCGCAACGCAGUAGGCGAUAAAUCAAACGCCAAAGGAAUGGCUGCGCAUUCCCCCAUCUCACCAUCCCAUACUGCUCACUCCCAUCCGGCAAGUGUCCAGCCUGGUUUCGUGAUGCCGUCAGGGAGUGGUCCAGGAUAUGGUGCACCAAUGUAUCCAACGGCACCACCACCACCACCAGGCGCCCUCUACCCGGCAGGAUAUCCAAGCACGCCGCAUCCUCAACCACAACAGCAGCAGAGCGCAGGCUUUGCAAUGACACCCGGUGCUGUAGCGUCGACAGCUUUAGCGGCUGGCACGGGUGCUGCCAUUGCUUCUAAAAUGCUUCCCAAAGGGAAAACCAGUAGAUUACUAAAGUACGGUGCCGCAGCCGGUGCAGCCGGUCUUGGAGGGUACGCCCUGUCGAAGGCGUUCCGGCGUAAAGGCAGCAGUAGCAGCAGCAGCAGCAGCAGCAGUAGUAGUGACAGUGAUUAGAUUUUAUUACACCCUUUAUCGAUAUCAUAGAAGCACAUUGAAAUAGUCAUAUUGGUUUUAAAAGUUGUUAAAAAGUAAGAUUGGAAUAUAUUAUUACCAUUUGGGGCAUUCAA